GAUAUCCGGACCUGUAAAAUCCAAAAUGGCGUUUUAUCAUACUGCUUGCUUUGUGAUCACUGUUAUGGUUGUCUGCAAUGCCAUCUUAUAUCCCACUAUAUUCAGCUCAAUUUUCCGGCGUUGGUUCGGCGAAGCACCUCCGAAGCCAGAGAAGGAAUCAGUUCCGGAUUACCCCCCUCACAUGAGGCCUAAUGCUGGUGUGCGUGGAGGUGCGGCAGGGAGGCUGAGACCCAACCCAGGCAAGCCCUCUAUGUCUGGAGGAGGAGGGGGAGCAGGGGGCAGUUCAGGUGGGGUCGAUCCAUCGUCUUUCAUGGGUCAACAGGCUCAGGAAUCCAAAGGCAGAGGCAUGAUGGGAACUGUACUUCCUGUCUAUGCCGUGGGAAUCUUCAUCUACUUCGGCUAUGUGAUCUAUAAGGUUUUCCUGCGUGACAAACCCUCCACACCCUCCACCAGACCAACCUGGGGCUUCCCAGACAACGUGGCUCAGCAAGAAGGACCAACCCUCCAGAGACAACAGCAAGAGAGUCUACAGCGGAAGCUAGCAGCAGAACUCAAAGCAGCUAACUAUCCUGAAUUGAAAAAGAGUGAUAAGAGAGCUGCUGAGGUCGCCGCUACUGUCGCUGCUGCUACUGUUGCCGCCACUGGGGAUAGCUCCAACUCGGCACCGGCAGGAUCGACUGAAGAAGUUGAUAUGUUGAAGAAGCGCCUGGAGGAGACAGAGAAGACGAUGCAGCGUAUGAUGGACAUGAUGAACUCAAUGGGUGUGGCUAUGAGCCAAGUCUCUCAUCAUCUUUCAAACGAUAAGUCUGGAUCACCCACCCUGCUUCCGGGCUUCAGUGAACCCAAGGAGGUCAACGACCACGACAUCGAGGAUGAUGACCUGCUUGACAUUGACGUUGACAACCUGAGCGAUGAGGAAGACCUCAUCAUCGGCGACAGCAUGGAUCCCUGUGGGAGCUCCGAUGAGGAAAACGAUGUGAGCACAACAAAGGAUGAUAUGGACGACGAUGUCGAGAGAAGACGGCCGAACAAGAUGAACAUUGUGGACGUGGAGGCGGACGAUUACCAUGAUGAUGACGACGAUGAUGACGGGGAUGUCGAUAGCGAUGAUGAGUCGGAGGUUGAGAACAUAGGAGUAGAAGACGUUCUGACGUCAGACACUCUUAGACGAAGGAAUGUUAAAGGAGGCGACGCUGCUGCAGACGGAUCGCGAAUCGAAGGAUGAUUUGUCUUUUUGUAUUGAAUCUUAACCAACAAAUGAUGCCAUGUUAAAUUAUUUUUAUUGUACAUAGUACGUGUAUGUACAAUAUUUAAUGUGUAUAUACCAUGGGUUUGUAUGGGGAUAAGUCUUAAUGACUUUGAGUCUAUACUUUAAUUUAAUCUCUAGUUUUCGAAAUGACUUUUAAACAUACAAAGUAGGUAUUGAAGAAUAUUGACACAUCUGCAAUGAAGAUGGGCAUGUGCUUGAGCCCUGGCUUGAAUUUCUCCCCAGUGCAGACACAAGCCAGAAAGUAAUGGCCCCCAAAUUUUUUUUGUUUUUGUCUUAAUUUAAAUGUUCCAGCUUUGCUUUGAAAGUAGAGGGCACAUUUCAAAUUUCAAUCUCAUCAAGCGCAAACAAAUCAGAGUUCAGAUUCGUAUAAGUGGGUGCUGGCUCCUAUUUGCAAAAGUUUCAAGUCUUGAAAGUUUCUAGUAAAACCACUCUACUGGAUUUUGCAUGACCUUAUUCACUGCUUUUGCAAGACCUUAUUCACUCCUUUUGCAAGACCUUAUUCACUCGUUGUGCACCAAGUGUAAUGAAAUUGCAGAUGAUUGCAUCUAUACCAACUCAUUUGAUUGUUCUGGGCCCUGUUUCAUGAAACGUGUUAGCAGUAACAAGUUACAAUACCUGUCAUAAGCUAUUGAAAUCACGCCAUUUGAUUGGCUGAGUGUAAAUUUGUUGUAGAAUUUUAGCAUUUGAGUUUGAUAACAAGCUUGAUGAAAACAGGGCCCUGGUGCUUCAUAAGCUAUCCCACCGCUGCCACCAUGCAAUCAAGGAUACAAAACAUCAGCUUAACCACUUGACUGCUAUUGGCUUAAAAUGCGUUCAUACCCCCUGUGCUGUACAAAAACCUGACAAAAACUGUCCACUGUACACAAAAAAGCCGGAUUCUUUUUGGAAGAGCGCCAUCUACUGUUCAAGACCUGUAUAACAUCAUUGCAGUGCUAAUUAAACAGUAGGGCGUGGCAUUAUGCAGUGCUACGGUCUUGAAAGUGCAAUGCCCUAAGCACGUACAUACAUGUACGUGGGUAGCAGUCAAGUGGUUAAAGGCUUGUUCAGAUAUGAUGCAGAAAAUCACCCGCUAAUUAAAAUGAUAUGUAAAGUGUAUGUGCUUCACAUCUUUGUAUCUUAUAACACAGACCGCAGUUUAACGUGCAAGUCCUUUGUUGCGUGCAUUUGCCAUUCAUGUACACAUAAACAAAACAACGCUGCUGAUUUUCUUUGUUUGUGGUUUACUUGCGCCAUAUCUGAACAAGCCUUAAAUAGACUUGAACUAGAAAAUUAGGCUAUUUGUGUGCAUCCCUGCUCAGUUACGUGGCCGAGGUAAUAAUAGUGGAGUGCCAGGAGUGUCAAGUCUGACAGAUAUGAGUCUCUGCUAUAGAAGACCCCACUAUUAUUAAUAUCAUUAAUAUUUACUUCUUCCUUUCUUCAGGGGUCACAUCCUGCCCAAGAUUGUUGUACAGUACUGUACCCAUAGACCACAAACGCAGUCAUGAGUACAUCACACUACCGGUAGAUGUAGCUUUUUUUCUUUUUUCUUUUUGGUACUAGAAGCAGAUACAGCUACAUGGGUUUCCAUUGAAGAUAUUUUAUGCCAAAUGUAGAAAUUAAUUUAAGUAUAAA